AUGUCCCCUUUGCCCAACGACUUUCGGGCCUUUUGGCUGCCGGACAGGGAAUUUCAGCACUUGCAGAACUUGUCCCACGUCAGAACUUCAAGCCAGAGGAAGAUGAAGGGGCCCCAGCUGGGCAGCUGUAGGGCCACCUUGCAACAGCCGGCCUCAGUUUCUCCUCCCUUCCCAGCAGCUCUUCUGGCUCAGGGGCAGUAUGACCUCGAUGACCCUGCCUAUCCCGAGCCCCCGUACGCCCCUUACGAAAUUGAGAGUCAAGAUUAUUACGAUUACGCCGGGAACGAUCUCUCCCCCCAGACUCCUGAGGAGCACUACCAGUCCCAGCAACAGAACCAGCAGGAGGUCAUCCCCGCCCCAACCCCAGGCGUUUCUGAGACAGAGCCCACCGAACCAGGGCCCCUCGACUGCCAGGAGGAGCAGUACCCCUGCACCAGGCUGUAUUCCAUCUACAAGCCUUGCAAACAGUGUCUGAACGAGAUCUGCUUCUACAGCCUCCGCAGGGUCUACGUGAUCAAUAAGGAGAUCUGCGUCCGUACGGUUUGCGCUCACGAAGAACUCCUAAGAGCCGACCUCUGUCGCGACAGAUUCUCCAAGUGCGGCAUCAUGGCGACCAGUGGCCUUUGCCAGACCAUGGCCACCUCUUGCGCCCGGAGCUGUGGCGGUUGCUGAGCGGGGAAAGGGGCCGUGUGGGCAGGGGACGGGAGGCCCUUCUGGACCACGGAUGAUGCCCCUGGUUCGUGCCCGGAGGGACAGCGGGCCCUUCUUGGGGUCCCUUCCUCUGCCACAGCAGUGACACACCUGCAGGGCUG